AACACUGAUCGUCGGACGGGACCUCUAUACGAGGUCCCGAUCAUGUGAUCACUGAUUGGCCAAUCAGUGAUCACAUGCAAAGUAGUAAGCAAGAUGUCACUUGCGACAUCAUUGCUUACUACCUGUGAAAUCUGUGAAUGAUCACAGAGGUCACAUGGGAGCGAGCACAGGCUAAAAUGGUGGGCGUUGUUUAUGAAUGGCAACCCGCUUCUGCACUGCUCCCGUCCGGCCGUUUAUAUACAUGGGCCGGACAGGAAGUGGUUAAUACUAAGUCAUUAUAAAGAACAAGUAUGCAGAGCAGGAAAUCUGAAGUUGGGGAAAAAAAGUUGGAUGUCCUUA